AUGUGUCACCUAUCGGUCCUGCUGCCUUUCACAGUGGCAUACCCCAUCAGCUGUACGACCCGUGGAGCCGACCUGACCAAGGACAGUGAGCUGGUUCUGUGUCCCGCCGACUGUUCACACUGGAGGAUAUCGGUGUACGGGACCGGAGUGUACGCCUCCAUCUCGUCAGUGUGUGGCGCUGCUCUGCACAGGGGCUUCCUAAAGCCGUCUGGGGGUCCAAUCCGGGUCCACAAAAUGCAGGGCCGGCACAACUACCUGAGCUCGUACGCUCAUGGCAUCCACUCCCAGGCCCUGCCUCACUGGACCGCCUCCUUCAGCCUCACCAAGCCGGUUAGUGUUCCUCAAGAGUUAACCAGUGAAACCACUUCAACCGCUCUACCUGAAGCCGCACAACCAGCAAAGAAAUCACCAAAAAAGCCAUCAGUGAAGAAAGCCCUGCCAGGUGGAAAUAAAGACUGUCAGAUGGACAUCGCCGUGGUGAUAGACAGCAGCAACAACAUCGGGCAGCGAAGAUUCAACCUGCAGAAAAACUUUGUUGUCAAACUGGCGUCCAUGUUGAAGAUCGGACCGACUGGACCCCACGUGGGUCUGAUCCAGGCCAGUGACUCUCCGAGGACAGAGUUCCUGCUGUCUAACUACACUCAGCCGAAAGAGCUGCUGUUUGCCAUCAAGGAGCUGGCUUUCCUUGGAGGCAACACCAACACAGGUAAAGCCAUCAUGCACACAGCGGAGACCUUCUUCGUUCAGGAGAACGGCGGGAGGCGCGGUCACCCGCGGGUCAUGCUGGUGUUGGUGGACGGCUGGCCGUCCGAUGAUCUGGAGCCGGCAGCCAUGUUGGCCCGAGAGAGCGGCAUCAACGUGUUCCUGGUGUCUGUGGCCAAACCGGCAGCCGAGGAGCUCGGCAUGGUGCUGGAUAAAGACUUCAUCAAGAAGGCUGUGUGUAAAGACAAUGGUUUCUUCAGUUACUCCAUCCCAAGCUGGUUCAGCACCACUAAACAUGUCCGCCCACUUACUGAGAGGAUCUGCUCCUUGGAUGGCCUGCUCUGCAGUAAAACAUGCUACAACUCGGUGAACAUUGGCUUCCUCAUUGACGGCUCUUCCAGCGUUGGCUAUACAAACUUUGAGUUGGUCCUGGACUUCCUGGCUGGAAUAGCAAGAAGUUUCGACAUCUCAGAUGUGGGCGCUCGCAUUGGUGCGGUUCAGUUCACGUAUGAUCAGAGGCUAGAGUUUGGUCUGUUCGAUCACCCCAACAAAGAAGACGUCGUCAGCGCUCUGAGGAGGAUCCCGUACAUGAGCGGAGGGACAUCAACGGGGUCUGCCAUCAGUUACGCCAGCCAGAGUCUGUUCAGACAGGCAGGUCGUGGCCGUAACUUCCUGAUCGUCGUGACAGACGGCCAAUCAUACGAUGACGUAAGAGGGCCGGCGAUGGCAGCACACAGACAAGGCAUCACCGUCUUCUCAGUGGGCGUGGCCUGGGCGCCCCUAGAUGACCUCAGAGCCAUGUCCUCGGAGCCAAAGGAGGACCACACCUUUUUCACCCGAGAGUUCACCGGACUCACCGACUUCAUCCAGCCGCUGGUCCGAGGGAUCUGCAAAGACUUCACCGACAACAACUGAGGGCACACACACACACACACACACACACACACACACACACACGCACAUGCACACACACACACGGUUGUCCAACAGUGAGGACCGUCUCCAUGUGUAAAUAAUGAACAAUGAUCACAAUGUGGUCACAUUCAUGAAUUCUCACCUUAGCGGGAUCCUUCUUCCCAGUUUACCAAUGAUUCAAAGCUUUCUGACGAUUUUAUGAAUCCACAAUCUGUACACAUUGA